GGAAAACUUUACGCUUAUGUUAGGAAUUAAUAAAGAAAAACUUUUCAAAAGUUUUGAUUUUAUAUUAUGAGAUCUAAUUUGGUUAUGGAGGUUUGUGUUAUUUCGUGAGGUUUCUAGGAUCCUAAAUCCAUGCUACGUUUUCUGUGGAUAGGUGGAGUCAUUUUGAAGGUAUCACAAUGGUUGUGAUAUUGAAAGAAAUACAGAAGGGUCUCCUAGGUGAAAAUUUUUGUUUUUCAAUUGCUAUACAAUUCGUACUUCCUUAUUUUUCAAGGUGUGAGAUGAAAAUAUUAAUUUUUUUUUCCUUACAAAAAUAUUUAAAUCCACUUUGCUAGUAGGGUCGGUAGAAAUUGUUUUAAUAUUCUAUUCAUACUAUAGCUUCAUCAUCCUGAGCUCGAUAGUCCAUUACUGGAUCUUGGCUGCCUCAAGAAUAUUUCUCAACGUUUUCCUAUUCUGUGCACCCGUCCACCAGUUCCUGAUGCUAACGACUCUAGUAUCAACACUUACUCCAUCUUUUCAUCUCAGCUUCGGUCUGCUCACUUUUCUUUUUCCACCCGGCUCCGUGCUGAGCAGCGUCUUUGGGGUUGAGGUCUCCUCCAUCCAUAUAACGUGGUCCGACCAUCUCAACCUUGCUAUCCAGAUAUAUUUCACUAUAUCCGGCUUCAUCUAUAAGUUGGCUAGUUCUUACUAUAUACCAUACUUACAGUUAUAUGCCAGUUAUAUUUUUUUAUUUUUAAAUUGUACGGGUAUCUACAGUAAAAUUAGAUGCUCAAACCUUGGUUUAUUUUCCUUAUUCGAUCCGAAAAUAAGAAUAACACUGGCAUUGUUAAUAUUAUAUACAUGAACAUUUUCGGAACUAUGUCUAUUAAAUAUUCCACGAAGGAAUAAAAACAAAUUGAUACUUGUUUUUAGCAUUUGGAAAAACCAGUGAAUAAGAACUUUAAAAUGUCAAUUAAACAUUUUUUUCUCAACAGUUUUCUUUCAAGCGAUAGUUCUUAUGAGAUUUGGCUGUGAUUAUAACUUUAUUUUAGAUACUAUACAAGUUAAACAUUGCAGAAUUUUCAGUGAAGAAUAGAAAUAUAUCUUGUUGUUUUCCAGAAAUCUUCUUGUGACAUGAUGUAGAUCUUUGUUACAAGCAUCAUAACCUUUCUAGUAGAUAGUUUCAACAACACUAAAGCAUGUGAACUGAUGAUUUUUUGGGAAUUCAAUAAUCUCAGUUAAUAUUAAAAACUUGACAUUUUGUUUCUUAUUUAAAUUUUGGUUCACUGGGAAGUCUAGAAAAAUACUAGAACAUUCUACUUAUGUGAAUUAGACUUUUCUCUUUCUAGGAAUAUUUCUGACUUUUUUAAAACUUGAAAAUGGAAGAGAAUUCUGAUUUAGGUGCUAGAACCAUGAAGUGUGAAUUAAAUGUUUUAAGCAAAGCAGAUGGUUCGGCUAUGCUUUCUCAAGGUAAUACUGUGGUAUUAGCUGCUUUAUACGGACCUUUAGAAGUUAAACAUCAAAAAGUUCAAAACGAUGCCAUUCCAGUUUUUGUGACCUACAGAUCUAAAUCAGGGAGGCAAGGUAUAUAUGAUAAGACGAUAGAGUGUAUUAUUCAGAGCUCAUGUGAAGCAUUAAUAUUUGCCAAACCAUUCUGUCGUCAUGAAAUCUCCAUUGUGAUUCAAGAAUUACAAGAUUCAGGAUCUAUGUUAGCCGCUGCUAUUAACGCUGCUUGCCUAGCAGUGAUAAACUCGGGACUGGAAAUGAGCUGCCUUGUUGCUGCGGUUACCUGUGCUGUGGAUGGAGGCAAUAAUUUCAUCAUUGAUCCUGACAAGAAUGUGACUGAAAAAGCGAAAAUCGUUAUUACUCUUGGGUUCGAAAAUGUGAAGUAUAACAUUGUAGCAGCUCAUGUUGUAGGAGAAUGCAGCUUGGAAGUUUAUGAAAAAGCAGUUUUGAUUUGUAAAUCAGCUGUUCAACACAUUUUCGACUACUAUAAAAGCAUUGUAAAGAAAUAUGCCAGCACUCUGUGAUCAAUUUUUGUAAUUAAGUGUUGUAAAUAUUAUUGUUAAUAAAUGAUUUUAAUUAAUGCUGUAAUUUGUCUUGUAUCUUUAAUGUAUUUGACACAUUGCAAAUUAAAUUAGAUUAUUCCAUUUGACAAUUUAAAUCCUGUAUUUAUAUAAAUUUGUCUAUUGGUUUAUUUCAAAAAGUCAUCAAGUAACAUUUUAUAAAAUUAUAUCAUAUUACUUUCUUCAAUAUCAAAAUGUUUUUGACAAAUAAUAGGAUUGGUAUUACUUAAACUUUUAGCUCCGUGAAAAUGUACUUAGUGAUUUUUUUGUAAUAAACUAAUCUUAUGUUUUAUGUGAGAUUGUAAAAUAAUGAAGUAGGGAGUGGCCUGGUAUAUGUCAUAUGAACAGGAUCCCUACUCUAGUAUAAAAUAUUAUAAUUGGUUAUAAUAUUUUGUGGGGAGCUAUUUAUUAAGUAUUCCUGAUGGGGAAAUUGGUAUUAGUAUAAAUAUAAGCAAAUAUGUUAAAUAUAAAAAAGGGGGUUGAUCUCAUGCUGUGAAUGAUGUUACAAUCUUAUUGUAAUCAAUUAUGUAUUGAUAUCAAUCUUAUAUUUAAAUAAUUUUAUAAAAUAUAUACAAAAAUAAUAUUUUACUUAAAAAAAUAAAAAUAAAAUACCAGUUAUUCAUGAAUCUUAUAAUCACAUAGUUUAAUAAAAUGUACAUAAAAAUAAUACCCACAAAGUAGGUUUGAUAUUAUUUCAUUAUACGAACUAGAAAGUUCUUGACUUAUAUGAAAUAUACAAGAAUGGAUGAAUAUAGUUCAAUGCAAUGAAAGGUAUGUAUUUUAUGAUGAAUUGUACAGAACUAAUGUAAAUAACAAUUGUAAACAUAAUUUUACAAAACGGACAAAAAUUAAAAUUUACAGUUUGUUAUGUCUUUAAAACACACAAUCAUUGAAAUAAACAAAAUAAUUAUGGUUCCAGCAUGACUAUUGUCUGUUAACAUUUAUACAUUUUUUUUUUUUGUUUUGUCAAUAGAGACAAAAAAUAUGUAGUCUUAAAAUUUCUACUGUAAAAUAUUCAUUGUUCUACAAAUCUUGUAAGCUUAAUUGUUACAGCUGAGUACAUUAAACCAGUAACACGUUUUACCUCUUCUCUCCUAUUGCAGCUGACAUUUUCAACAGCUCAUCACUAUAUUUAAACAUUUUUUUUGUGUGCCUUUUACUGCACCCAACUAACCUCUAUUGAUUUACAGUCUACUAUAUUUCCACUAUUAUAAAUAUUCUUCAUGUUUAAAAAUGUAUAUAAGUUUAUAAACUCUCUGGCCCAUGUUAUAUAAUUCCUUCUAAUGACAUGUUCCAUCUGGAAGGUCCGUCUUAGCUCUGAUCCAUUUAUUUGCUUUUUUAUCCCGUCAUGUUAUUCCGAGAAGAUAUCGCUCUAUUCCCCUGACGGUUAUCCUCAAUUAGUGAGCACAGUACUUUCUGUCGGUUGUGAAAAAUGGGUAAUAGACCAGAAGACUUGUCACAAAUUAAGGAGUCAGAGAAAUGGAGCGACAUGUAACAUUAUCUGUUAAUAAUUGUAUUAGUACUGUUUUAUUUAUAUUAUUUAAAAAAUAGAUUAAACUGUGACUUAGAUUAGACUUUCAUUGAUAAAAAUUGUUUUUAUCUUCCAUCUUCUCUAAAAUGGGAAAUUUUUCACCAAAGUGGAAACCCUGAAUUCACUUCAUCUUGUUUAAAAGGAGCAGGCUCCUGUUCUAUCCUCUGUACCUUCUGACACAACUGACUCGGGAGGGCCGUUCCAUGGGGGAAGAGCAGCUGCAGUAACGUUUGUGUAGUUAACUGUGCUCCUACAGUUUCAAAUCUGGACAGGAGUAGAUUUUACUUGAUACUAAGUACCAGUAAAUAUACACGACCAGCUUCUGUACAAUGGCCACUUCCUAGGAAAUGUGUGUACUGAAGAUGACCAAUGUAUGAUUGUAUACUUUAAUUUGGUGAUCAACUCCCUACUCUUCACCACUACCAGUACCAGUACCAAGAAAUUUCGUAACUUAAUUUUGUAUUAUGAGUACUUUGAGAUUGAAACUUUACAAAAAAAUAAAAAAAAAAUGGAGAAACAGAUACAAUCAUUCAUAUUGAACAACCGGACAUCUAUAAAUGUGAAGUAGCAAACUUCUGUCAUUUAUAAUGUCAUGGCUUUAAUUGUGGUCUUAACUAUGCAACAGAUCUUAUGUAAAAAUAAUUAUCUUCUCCAUUUAUAAGUUUUGUGAAGAAGUAUUGAUCAAGAGUGAACAAAUGAAAGUCUUUGUUUCUCUACUAUGUCUUCCAGAGGUAGCUGCAUCAUUUUAUCUUCAUUAUUCAUUGAACAAAUAACACAGUUAUCAGCAGGUGGUUUAUAUGCAGCGACUGCUUUUUCAUUUAUC